UGGUCGGCGUAGGCUCCUCUCGGAGCUCACGUCGCUUGUAUCUGGGAGCCAAUAGAUUACCGUGGGAGACAGCACGUGGUAGCCAGCCGAUAUCUAUAGAGAUAGGAAAGGGUUAGAUUGGCACCUCACUUUUCUCAAGUAAAGGAAGAGAAUUCUGGCAGCCUCUUGUUGCAGGAAAAACAGUGAAGGCUCCUGUGAGGCUUAAUAUGUUCAUUACAGCAUAAGCUUUCGUGGGCUACGGAAAGCUUAUGGUGGGAAACCCAGCCAGAUGGGCGGGGUAUAAAUAAUCAUCAUCAUAUGGAGUUUAGAGUUUCCUGGAUCCUACUGAGGAGACAGGCAGGUGGACUAGAUUGCACUUGGAUCCUUUUGGAGUUCUGCGGAUGAGGGCUUCCCACGAAAUGGAUACUUUUGUUGAAGAAUGGAGAAGAGGGCAGGUAAAUUUGGAAGGAGAAACACAGGAUGUGCGGGCAGCCACAACAACGACAGCUUCCCCCCCAGGAAUUUAUUUACCUUUACUCCCGAGAUGUUUUCACUACACAACAUCUAGGUUUGUAAUGCACUCGGAAUUUCAGAAGGCAAAAGAAGGUUGUUUAAACUGCAUCCAGGAUUCCCUUUUGCAAGGCCAGUUGCAGAGGGCUGCAGAAUUAAUCAUAAGCUACGUAGAAAUGUUGGAGCAUUACACUAAAGACAAACUGCGGGCUGCUCCUGAAGAGAUCUGGAGAAUAGGAACUGAGAUCUUGCAGCGGCAUCCAUGGAGCAAUAUUAAUGAGACGAACCACUUUGCAGAUCAGAUGAAAAAUUUAGGAGUAAAAGGAUAUUUAAAGGUUUCUUUAGAGCAUGCCUUCCACCUCCUCUGCAACGGGUUUGAGGAUGAGGCUUAUCAGAACCUGGUCCUGGCAGAAAGCUGGAAGUACGGAGAACAAACAGUCAUUCAGAACAAAGAACUGAAACUCAUUCAAGGUUACAGGGGGCUGCUGGACUAUUCUAAGUGGUUGAAAAAGAAGACGGACAUGUUGGGGCUUGAUGAGGACAGCUACGCGGUGUCUUCUGUUCAGCAGGAAAUGGGCAUCUUGUACCGGCAGGCUAAAGUCAGCCUCAAGGAGAUCAUUAAAAUUCCUGGAGUUUGGGAUCCUUUUGUGACCUGUUAUGUGCAUAUGCUGGAACAUUAUGAGGAGUAUGAAGAAGCAAGAGAAGUGUUGAGGGAAUAUGCAUAUAAUUCCAAAUUUCCUCCAAACCCUAAUGCACAUGUCUUCUUAUAUCAGUUCCUAAAGAGAAGGGGUGAAUCGAGGAAAACUCAGAGGUCUGCACUCCAGAUCUUGCACGAGCUUGUCCCUUCUCACGAACUGAUGCUGGAAUAUUAUGCCAUGCUGAAAAAGUCAAAAAAAAGGAAAAACCAGAAGCUACGUCUGGAAGUUAUUUUUGCAGCCUUGGACUCUGCUGGGUGGAAGGAGAAUGUCAAAGCCUGGAGCUGCUUGGCGAAGGAGAUCGUAGAAGUAUCGCAGAACUCUGACAAGCAGCUUCACUGGCUCAAAAACAAGUGGGCAUCUCGAAAGGACUGGUGGCCAGCCUUUCAUUUUGGCCUUUACUUGGCAAAAAGAAACUGGCAGGAAGAUGAAUCUCUCGCUUGUGAAAAGGUACUGGUGGCUGGAAUGCUGAUGGGAAAAGGUAACUGCCUCCCCAAAAUAUAUGUUCUGUCUCCUGUAUACAUACAAGAAUUAGAAUCCUGGCAAAGCGUAUAUUGCAUAAAUCUUUAUCUUGUAUCUUCUGCCUUUUCUCUCAACUGCAACCACCUUUAUCCUUGCACCAGACCUGUGAGAUGGGUCAGACUGAGAAAUAUGGCUGGCCCAAGGUUGCCCACUGAGCUUCAUGGCGAGGGAGGAUUUGAACUCUGGUCUCCCAGCUUCUAGUCUAACACUAAAUCUAUUGCUCCACACUGCCAUUUCGUGCAUAGAACUGUAUCAAGUAACAUAAGCAAAAGUGAUUGGUUUUCGCACCAAGGCAGUUAGCAUCUAAAGUUCACCAGAACUUUUAAAGCAGAAACAACAAAAGGAAGAAGCAACUGUUCUUAAAAGUUCUUAGGCUUUCUUUCAGCUCUGACUGUGGUGUUAAGCCAAAAGCUUCAAAGAAGAGAUGGAUUUUGAGGAUCGAUGCGAAGAAAGAAAGAGGUGGAACUCUGUAGAUGCCCCGAGAGAGCAUUCCACCUUUAGCCCAGUUGAAGCAUCAGUUAUUACAGUGGGAUUUCCUUCCUCCCUUUUGUAGGAAGGAAAUUUGAGGUGCUGAGAGACCAUACAAAACGUGGGAAAUUAAUGAACCUCGUAUUACUUCUUACAUGUGUUAUUUUCAUGGCCUUCAAUGCAGAAGAGAGGCAAUUCUAGCUGCUGAUGGGAAUACCAUGCAUACUGCUGGUUACUCAUUACAGCAUUAGUUGAGCCCAAACAAAGCAAGAUGAUGCAGUUUCUUUUGCAUGUCCAAAACCCAGCACUCAUCAGGCCCCCUAAUAGAAACAUCUAACAUGGCAGAUGAGUGCAUGGUCUGUAGAAUAAUAGUGCUGUUUGUCAGUAUCUUAAACUCUAUACCUUCAAAGCUCUUGUAAUAAUGGUCUCAUUAAUUGUUUUUAGAAAAUGGCCAUCAAACCUCAUCAGGCUUCUACAUUGGGACCUUGCCAUUAAACAAAGUGACUUCCAGGUGUAGGCUAACUUUGCUUGAUUAUUUGCUCAACGAUACUGAAGAGAUAAUUUACCCAUAAUUUUCCUAUACAUUGAGAUUUUCACACUUGUGGAGUACUAAGGUUCUGGAUGCUCAAUGGGUUUUGUUUUUCCCCCUUCUCCAUCCUUUCAGAAGCCCCAUGCCAUAAUCACAACAUGUUCUUAAGGGUCUGAUUGUCCCCAGUUAGUCUUAUCCCAUUCAUUCAUUCAUUCAUUCAUUCAUUCAUUCAUUCUAAUGCUAUUUCGCUUUUGUGUGUGUUUAGAUUGCAAAUAUUUCAGAUACGUCAUGCGACAAGGUUGUGAAGCCAAUAAGAAAAAGUUCAAACCAUUGAAGAAAUUUGUGAAAAAACACAGCUGGAUCAGUUUGAAGAUUGUCUGAUAUUUGAUUACUUUUAGAGGUGAAAUCCCUUUUCUUUUCUUUUUGGAACUAUAUAUUUUUUCCAGAUUGUACAUAGCCUUGUAGAUAAUUGACAACCAUUUUUUAAAAAACGAAGUUCCAGUUUUAUAAUAAAUCUUUCCAAAGGAAUUCCACUUUGAGUCAUUGCUAAAAUAAAACUUCACGGGAAACACAUUUUAUCAUUUAUCUUUCAAAGUCUCCAUAUAAAAACCUUUGAAAUAUCUUCUUGAAUUGAUUGUGCUUGUGUGUGUGUAUCUGUAGCAGACAAUGUAUAAUACAGACAUGCUGUGACUACAGCUUGCCCUGCAUCCUAUAACAAUAGUGUAGAAUUGUUUGCCCUUAGAAAUUCUUAGUCACCCAUCAUGCAGUUAAAAGAGGCCCACACCAGCCUCCAAGUCUGUUGUUAACACAUGUCUCUGUGUGCAUGCACUUUGCACAUUUAAACACAUUUUUGAGAGAGGUGGAGGCUUUCUGGUGCUAAUUGACUUGGAGGCAUUUCUGCCCUCCUUGGGUAACAAAAAUGGAGACAGCAGCAGGUACACUGCAGUGUGUGUCUGGUAACUGUGCUUAACUUGGUAGGUAGCAAGGUGUUCAGACCUGAAGUCAGUAUGCAUGGUUGGGCUACACAUACAUUAGGUGAGGCAGGGAAAGCCAGAGUAACGCAAUUAAUUCUGCUGUGUCCAUUUAGCAACUUUUGUGUACAUUGUGAACAUUUAGCAAAUACGCACAACUGACUUGGGUAAUCCAAUGCUUUGCCGCAUGCCUAUUAGACAUUGCAUUCUGCAAGACCAGCGGCUUCUUGGAUUUCACGACGCAUCCUUUCAGUCCAGUCGUUCACACCAUAAGGGCUAGAAACAUGUUCUUUUUCAAAAAGAAAACAAAACUUAAGAAUCUCAGGAAUCUGAAUGUUGUACCUAGUAGAACUAUUUACAGUAUUUGCAGUAUGGUGCACUGCGGCAAUGCAUUCAAACACAUAAAAUGCUUUCUUUAGGAUGGAGCUUGUGAAUGGAUUAAUUAACCCCCCCCCCCACCUUCCUGCUGGUCAUGGUCAUCACUUUGGCACAGCCUUGAAUUGUGACUUCAUCAGAAGUCUGACUUGGGAGAGUGGCUUGCAGAGGCACCCUGCAGAGAAUGUCUAGACUCCAGUUGCCUUCAGACUCUCACUACUUUGCAGGAAGGAUUCGAUCACAAACUGGAA